AUGAAUUGGCUCAGCUUCCUCGUCCUGCUCACCGUGGCCGGGCUGGCGCAGGGGACAUGGGACAACUGUGGAGGGACCUGCGGACUCCGAGGCGUAGUGUCUGACUACGGCCUCAUGAAUUAUUACUAUGGCAACAUAGCUAAUGACUACGGCAUGACACGCAUCGUGGGUGGCGUGGGUGCCCUGCCAGGAGCGUGGCCCUGGAUUGUCAGCAUCCAGCACCCCUGGGUACCAGACCUAGGGCAUUUCUGUGGAGGGUCUCUCAUCAGCACGGAGUGGGUCCUCACAGCAGCUCACUGCUUCGAUGUGUUUAACAACAUUAGCAUGCUGUAUGUGGUGAUUGGAGCCACCCAGUUGACUCAGCCGGGCCCUGGGGCCGUAGUGCGCAGUGUCAAGCAGGUGCUGAUACACCCGUACUACAAUCCUGAUGACAUGAGCUAUGAUAUUGCCGUGAUGGAAUUGGACCAUCCUGUCCAGUGCAGCCCCUACAUCCAGCUGGCCUGUGUGGCUCACUCUACCCUAAAAGUGUCAGAGCUGCAAAACUGCUGGAUUGCUGGAUGGGGUUCCACUGCUGCAAGAGCUCAGCAAUCAAGUGAUCACCUGCAGGAGGCCAAUGUCCACCUCAUUGAUAUCCAGCUCUGCAACAGCAGUGACUGGUAUGCAGGGAAAAUCCACACCCACAACGUGUGUGCUGGUUACCCAGAGGGCAACAUCGACACCUGCCAGGGUGACAGCGGUGGUCCUCUCAUGUGCCAGGACAACAGCGCUGACUCCUGGUGGGUUGUUGGAGUGACCAGCUGGGGAAAAGGCUGUGCCAGAGAAAGGCAGCCUGGAGUGUACACCUCCACUCAGCACUUCUACGACUGGAUCGUGGCCCAGACAGGCAUAAACACAGCUGGAAGGGGUUCUCCAACAUCACAAGCCUGGAGUCAUUUUAUGACCGCCCAGCAAACAGCACAGAAACCUUGGUCAACACGACCCCCCAGUCAUACGCCCUGGCCAACACGACCCCCCACUUAUAAGCCUUGGUCAACACGACCUCCCACUCAUACACCAUGGCCGACAUCACUUCCCACUCAUAAGCCAUGGCCAACACGACCUCCCACUUAUAAACCAUUGCCAACAUCAAUCCCCACUCAGACUCCAUGGACAACAGCUCCCUCCACUCAAAAACCAACACCAUUGGGCGAGGUUAGCUCCUGCCCAUUUCCACUCAACAAACUGGUAGACUUCUUUAAGAAGGUGAAGAAGCUCCUCCAACAGGUCCUUGGACUGAACACUGCUUGA